CGCACGCCAUGGUAAAUGAACGCGUGGAGCACCCGCAACCCACCAUCGCCCUCAACCUCUCGUUCCUCCGCUGGUCGCAAAAAUCUCGCCUUUGAAACCCUAACCUCGAUCCGAGAGGCGACGUCGAUGGCCGGGACUGGUCCGAUCGCGCAGGACUGGGAGCCCGUUGUGCUCCGCAAGAAGGCGCCCACCGCCGCCGCCAAGAAGGACGAGAAGGCCGUCAACGCCGCCCGCCGCAGCGGGGCCGACAUCGAGACCGUCAAGAAGUCUAAUGCUGGCACCAACAAGGCUGCUUCAAGCAGCACGACCCUGAAUACAAGGAAGCUGGAUGAGGAAACCGAGAACCUUUCUCAUGGGCGAGUGCCGUCUGAACUGAAGAAAAAUCUCAUGCAAGCUCGGCUGGACAAGAAGCUAACCCAGGCUCAACUUGCACAGCAAAUCAAUGAGAAGCCCCAAGUGAUUCAAGAAUACGAGUCAGGGAAGGCCAUUCCAAAUCAACAGAUAAUUACCAAACUGGAAAGGGUGCUCGGGGUGAAGCUUCGAGGUAAAAAGUAGGGAGCACCACACCGCCGUACUAAAACGACUAUGAUAAGGAGAUUUCAUAUGCAGGGUCUGGCUCUGCUCCGCAUGAUUGUGGUUUGGCACCAUGCAUAUUUCUCUAGUAAUAAUAAGGGCAUGUUUAACUCUUUCUAUGUGGUUGCUUUGUCUGUGACUUGAUAUCAGUUUGAGAUCCCAUGUUUGAGUAUAAAACUAUUUGCUGUGGCCAUCUUUUCUUCCUA